AUGGAGCAUCACCUCUGCAAGUUUGGUUUCAUGCCGAAUUACGAGAGGUGGUACGAGCAUGGGGAGUCUCAGAAGCAGGAGCCAUACAACCUAGUUGAUAGCUUUGCGGAACAUGAAGAUAGGAUGGAGGCAAUGAUGGAUGAUUUUGUCGAGCAGGUUGAGAAUACUGCUGAGGUCCCGGAAUAUUUUGGUCUUCUUGCGUUAUCAAAAGAACCAUUAUAUGGGGCCACUACUUUAUCACAACUUGCUGCUGUGACACGGUUAAUGGCUAUUAAGUCGAAGUACAACUUUUUGAAUAAUGAAAAUCUCAAGUACUGUUCAUUUUGUAAGAAGUGCAGAUACAAGAAGGUGGUUAACAAAGAUGGAAGUGUGCAGAUAACAAGUGUGUCCGUUAAGGUGUUACGGAUGUCAUUUGUGCACUCUUUGAAGGGAAAGAAGGAUGUCUCCUCAUCUUCAAGGAGUCAAGGAAAGAAGAAUGAUGGCUCCUCAUCUUCGCAAGAGGAGGUAGGUAGGGGUGCGGAGGAGGAAGGACAUGUUGCGAAUAUGGACGGCGAUGGAGAUGGAUGUGGAGAGGGAGAUGGGUGCGAGGACAGAGAAGGAUGCGAGGAGAGAGAUGGAGAUGCGGAGGAGGAGGCAGAGGAGGAGGAAGAUGAGGAUACUACUGCUCAACCUGUGUUCAGAAUGGUCACUGUUGGAGGUGUGCUUCAGCCUGCAUUGAAGUGGGAGCACUAUAAGCUGCAAUUAGAUGAUCAGGGCGUCACGACUGCAGCGAGGGUUUGGAAUGAGUUCUGGGAGAGGUAUCAUUUGCCGGAGGGGGAGAAGCAGUCUCUACAAGCUAGGGCUCGUUCUAUGUUUGACAAGGCAGCGAUGAAGGUGGUUAGGGACAUGAUGUCCAAUGCUCAGGCGACGAGGGACGCACUUGACAACAUCCCAAUAGGCAGAGUCGACUCUUACAAGAUAUUCAACAAGAUCGGUGCAGGAGCCUUCAGCAAUGUGUGGAAGGCGCGCCACCUCCAUACUGGCAAGAAGGUCGCCAUCAAGUCCAUACGCGCUAGUAGAAUGGCGCUUCUACGUGAGGCCGCUCUCAUGACGGCGUGUGCGGGAAACCCUGCCGUGGUGGAGUUGCAAGAGGUGGUGCGCGCCGUGGAGAUGGACAAGCUCUACCUCGUCAUGGAGUAUGCUGGGGCUAGCCUGGAUUCCAUCAUCAGUGCGCGCUACCAUGUCGCCCGGCCAUUCACAGAGGAUGAGAUGCGUCGCGUGAUGAGGCGGCUGUUGCGUGGCGUGAAGAUUAUGCACGAGCAUGGCAUUGUGCAUUGCGACCUUAAGCCACCAAAUGUUCUCGUCAACAAGGAGGAUGGCCGGGGUCGGAUCCUGAAGAUCUGUGACCUCGGCCUUGCUAGGUGGGUGACCUUGCCGCCCCCAGACACCUCAGGGCGUGUCCAUGGUACGCUCUGGUACAUGGCACCAGAGCAGCUCAUGGGAGACAUGGACUGCAGCGCGGCUGUGGACAUGUGGUCACUAGGAGGCAUCAUGGCGGAGCUCGUCACCGGGAAGCCGAUCUUCCAAGGCAACGAUGUGUUCAAGCAGUUGCACGAGAUCGUUCACCUCCUCGGGAUCCCUGAUGAGGUGUCGUUGAUGCCGCUAGGUGUGUCGGCCUCAAUGCCAAGCCAGCUACGAGACGCGGUGCCAGAGGAGCGACUCUCGGCGGCUGGCUUCGACGUCUUGCGUGGCUUGCUGAAUUUUGACCAGAGCGACAGGCUCACCGCGGCGGCAGCACUCCAGAUGCCGUGGUUCACAGUGAAGGAUGCCGAUGCUCCAUCACCGGCAAGGGCGUGA